UCCACUCCACUCCACUCCGGCCAAUUCCUUGGUAGACAGCCGGAAGCUAGAUCAGGGAGAAUCAGAGGCACGAAAUCGAGGCAAGAUGGGUCGCGGCAAGGUGCAGCUGAAGCGGAUAGAGAACAAGAUAAACCGUCAGGUGACCUUCUCCAAGCGCCGCAACGGGCUACUCAAGAAGGCGCACGAGAUCUCCGUCCUCUGCGACGCCGAGGUCGCCGUCGUCGUCUUCUCCCCGAAAGGGAAGCUCUAUGAGUACGCCACUGACUCCAGCAUGGACAAAAUUCUUGAACGUUAUGAACGCUACUCUUAUGCUGAAAAGGCUUUGAUUUCAGCUGAAUCUGAAAGUGAGGGAAAUUGGUGCCAUGAAUACAGGAAACUGAAGGCGAAGAUUGAGACUAUACAAAAAUGUCACAAGCACCUCAUGGGGGAGGAUCUGGAGUGUCUAAACCUGAAAGAGCUCCAACAACUAGAGCAGCAGCUGGAGAGUUCAUUGAAGCACAUCAGAUCGAGAAAGAGCCACCUUAUGAUGGAGUCCAUUUCUGAGCUACAGAAGAAGGAGCGGUCACUCCAGGAGGAGAACAAGGCUCUACAGAAGGAACUGGUGGAGAGGCAGAAGGCGGCCAGGCAGCAGCAGCAAGAGCAGUGGGACCGUCAGACCCAAACACAACAAGCCCAAAACCAACCUCAGGCCCAGACGAGCUCAUCAUCUUCCUCCUUCAUGAUGAGGGAUCAGCAGGCCCAUGCUCAACAAAACAUCUGUUACCCGCCGGUGACAAUGGGUGGAGAGGCUGUGGCCGCGGCGCCAGGGCAGCAGGGGCAGCUUCGCAUCGGAGGCCUGCCACCAUGGAUGCUGAGCCACCUCAACGCUUGA